ACUCAUGAUUUUCCACUGGUUAUAUUUAGUAACAAGCAGCAGAACUGAGGGGGCGCUGUUCUUGAACAUUGCUGAGAUGGCUAGUUUAAUAGGAGGCCCUGCUCAGUCAGUCGCACUGUUAGGAUGGAAGAAGAACCGGAGUCCAGAGCAGUGACCACAGUGAACAGGAGUAGCAGAAGUUACACACUGGAGGAUUUGGGCCUCUCACACUCUGCUCUGGCUUAUGAUCACAAGUUUAUGUGCUCUCUUCCAGGAAUACUUAUGUUAGGAGAAAUAGUUUGUGGGCUUCUUGUGUGGACUCUUCUAGGUGGGACUGAGUAUUUGCAGGUGCCGGGGUUGGCUUGGGUGAUGUUUGUGUCAGUGGUGUGCUGGAUUCCGACUGUCUGCCUUCUUUUACUGCACCUAACCACUGCUCACACAAAGAUCCCCCGUGUCCCAUGGUCAACUCUGGGAUUGUGCUUCAAUGGCAGUGCUACAGUUCUGUACAUGACAGCUGCAGUGAUUAACGCUACAUCGGUGCCACAAGCCAUUAGGGGGCGCUAUUACUACAUCAGCUGGAUUGCUUCCACGGUAUUCGCCUUCUUAGUUGUCCUUUGUUAUGCAGCAAAUUCAUAUGUGAGCUACAAAACCUGGAGAUCGAAAACUGACGAUACGUAAACAAAAUGACUAUGACAAUGGGAUUUUAUUAUUCUCAUGCACAUACCUAUCAAUUUUAUAUAGUACAUUUGGUCAUUGAGAAUGUUCAUAUUUUUACGCUCACCUAUAAUGUUUUUAAAACAAGAUGUUUUUUAUAUUAUAUACAUUCAAAUUUGUAUAUUUUCUUUUUGCAUUUAGUAGUGCAAUAGUGCAAAGCCAUUUACAACUAUGUACAAAUUAGGGAAUAUUUGCCUGUGUUCUAAUUAGGAUGUGUAUAAGAACCAAAUUACUUAAUAAAAUAAAUGCUGUGUUCAUAUUUGUUAAGUAGAUGCUGUUUAUCACUGUAAACUUUACUAUAAGAUAAUAAAAACAGUUUCUAAUAAUACUGCACAUGUAAUGCUCCAUAAUCAAUGCUUUUAAUAACUGAUGUAAUUAAAGGUUUGAGUAUUUGAAGCUCAUUUUGA